UGUGGCAGUGUUGUGUAUUGAUCCUGUUUCUGGCUCGGUUUUAGGCGAGUGGUAGGUGGUCUACGGUUUCUGAAGCAGGUUUUCGAUUGGGCUCCCCGAGAUGUCUGUGGCCUUCGUACCGGACUGGCUGAGGGGCAAGGCGGAAGUCAAUCAGGAGACUAUCCAGCGGCUCUUGGAGGAGAAUGACCAGCUGAUCCGCUGUAUUGUGGAGUAUCAGAACAAGGGCCGGGCGAACGAGUGCGUCCAGUACCAGCAUGUGUUACAUAGAAAUCUUAUUUAUUUGGCUACCAUUGCAGAUGCUAGCCCUACCAGUUCUUCAAAAGCAAUGGAAUAGUCUUCCAGUUGGCUGUUGUGAAGAGUAAUUGAAUGUAACCCAUCUCCUAAGAAAUGGACAUAGGGUCUUUACCAACUCAACUGCUUAAAUCAUGGAUGAAACUUCUGUGGAUCUUUUAAAAAUGUGAAAACAUGAAGAAAGCUACCAACUUAACUGUAUUUUUGAUGUAAAUAUUUAUUUUAAUAAUUAAGCAGAUCCCUCAAGAAUUUGGCCCCAGGUGUCCUCUUUCCUGAACUUGGAGCAUAUCUGGAUGAACAGACAUUCCUGGCAUCUUCAAGCCUACUUUUUAGUUUCAACCUGAAGAGGAAACUGAGUAGGCACUGGGCAGGAACUGGUGAGACUACUGAAUGAGACCUUACUAUAUGGACGUGUAACUGUGUAUUCUCUCCUACCUGUUUGUAAAUAUGGUCCCCCAACUGCUUUUUUCAGGUUGUUCUGAAAUAAAGCUUACUUUUC